AUUCUCCUCUCUCUCCACACGCUCGCUCGGCAGCGGAGCUCGUCGCCAUCUCGCCUCCGGCGGUUGCUAUAGGGGUCCAGAAGCUUCAGCUCCGCCGCCGAGGAUGGUUAUGAUAGAGCGGACGCCGGGAGGGGCGGCCGCCCUCUCCAGUCCGCUCGGGAGGUCCACUCCUAGGGUUUCGCGGGAGGGGUCGCCGCCCUCCGACCCCAUCCUCCCUUACCUCAGGUCUAUCAGCAAGGCCAUGCAGGAGCUCAGGACAAACCCAGAGUUUUGUCAAGCUGCGAUCGAACAGUUAAAGGUUUACGUUACAGAAUGCAUUGACAAGUAUGGGGACGAUUACCAGUACUCCACUGACCCCCGCCUUCUGAAGAUCUGGAUCCUUUAUGCGGAUGCAAUUUGUGAUUUCGACAAGGUGUAUAAGCAGUUGGAGGAGAAGAGGUUGUUUCUGGAGCAUGCACUGCUCUACGAAGCAUAUGCGCUGUUUCUAUUUGCUAAGGGCAGAGUGCUGGAGGCUGAUAAGGUGUAUGGAAUUGGCAUUGCCAGAAAAGCUGAGCCCAUCGAUCAUUUGAAGAAGAUGCAUAUUGAAUUUUUGAAACAAUUGGAGAGUACUGUAGAAGAAUCCAAUGACGAUGGACAGCCCAAACCGUCUAAAAUACAAAAGGAGCGUAAUGUGGUCGAUCCAUGGUCUGAGUCUACUAUGGACAGUUUAAUGAUGAAAAUUAAUGGUGGUGGCCUCAAGAAGUUCACUGGCUAUUAUAAGAGCAGCAAAGUCUACUCAGGAAAGGUGCCCUUAACUUCCUCGCUGAAUGCCGUAAAAAACAAAUUCAUCGAGUUAGGUGGCAGGAAGUAUCAGAUCAAAGGCUUUUGUGGUACUGGUGCUUUUGCUAAAUUAUACAAAGCUAGUAUUGAUGGCAACUCGGAAGAAACAGUUGCCUUAAAGGUUCAAAAGCCUGCAUUUCCUUGGGAAUUUUACAUGUACCGCCAGCUUGAUUUGAGGAUAUCUGAUAUUCAGAGACCAAGCUAUGGCUAUGCACAUGAAGUGCAUGUAUUUGCUGAUGUCAGUUUGUUGGUUUGUGAUUACCUGCCAUAUGGAACUCUUCUGGAUGCUAUAAAUUCCAACUUAGUUGUUGGUCACCAAAUGGAUGAAGUUCUGUGCAUAUAUUACACUAUAGAGAUGCUGCACAUGCUCGAAACUCUGCACAGUGUUGGCAUAAUCCACGGCGAUUUCAAACCUGACAAUAUGCUUGUCUGCUACCCAAGCGAAGAAAUCACAGACGAUACCUUCAGAAGCGAAACGAGAACUGUGCGGAGUCAGGGUAUCUGUCUUGUUGACUGGGGCCGGGGCAUUGAUCUAAAUCUCUUCCCAGCCGGCACGGAGUUCCUUGGUGAUUGUCGAACAUCAGGGUUCAGCUGUAUCGAGAUGCAAGAGGACAGAACCUGGACGUAUCAGGUCGACACUUUCGGUCUGUGCGUCAUUGCACACAUGAUGCUACACGGGGUAGCCUUGAGCAUCGAGAAGGUGAAAAGGGCUGAUGGAAGCUACAUGUACAAGCCAAAAUCGCCGCUCAAAAGGUACUGGAACGUUGAGCUGUGGAAGAACCUCUUUGCCACGCUGCUCAACACGCCGUCCAGCGGGAGCGACGUGGCCCUUCUGAGGAGCCUCCGGAGAUCGUUCCAGGAGUACAUGUGCAGCAACUGGCAGCUGGUGGCGAAGCUGAACCAGCUGCUGGCGAAGCAGAAGGCCUCCCUGUGCUCAUCCUGAGGUGUGCAUUCCGUGGCCAAGAUAUUCAUGUACCUGUAUGUAUUUACCUUGCCGCAUCUCGUGGCCACAGUGUCAUCUGAAAAUGAGAAUACACACCCGCGUCAUAA